AUGAUUGGUUAUUAUUCAAUAUACGUAGCUAUUAUUGCUCUUGUCCUUCAAAUCAGUGGAUUUCCAACUGGAAACAAAACUUAUUCUAAACUGAAGAGACCCAUUGGGAAUCCGCAAUUAAUCGAAGGUGAUAUGCUUUUUCAUCCUGCACUUCAAUCAGUGCCCCGUGGAGUAGCAGUUCGUGACACUGGAGUUAUUUGGACAAAUGGAAUUAUUCCAUACCAAAUCGAUCCCAAUUACACACCUGAGCGACAAGCACUCAUUGUCAAUACCAUGCGAAAAAUGGAACGUCUCGUUGCUAUCAACAAUGUUGUUUGUAUCCAGUUUCGACCGAAACAGUCAUCUGAUCGUUAUUUUAUUGAAAUAGUUGAUGGAUUGGGUUGUUCAUCAUAUGUCGGACAAAGUAUUCACGAGAUGUCGUCGCAUAUAGUAACGCUGAACUCGUCUAGCUGUUUUAUGGAAGGGAUGAUUAUUCAUGAGUUAUUACAUACAUUGGGUAGAAUAUUGCUUUUAAACAACAUGAUAAUAACGCGUGCAUUGCUAGGUUUCUAUCAUGAACAAUCAAGACCGGAUCGUGACAAUUACAUUCGAGUUCUCUAUGGAAAUAUACUCACAGAUGAACAGAGGAAUUUUGAAAAAUACGACAAUAAGUUUCUGAAUACUUUCAAUACAUCAUAUGAUUAUUCAUCUAUAAUGCAUUAUGGACGUUAUGUUUUCUCUUCGAACGAUCUUCCCACCAUCGAACCACUACAAGCGAAUGUUAUCAUUGGUCAACGCAAUAAUAUGAGUUCAACUGAUAUUCUUGAAGUUCGAUUAUUAUACAACUGCUCAGCUAUUGGUGUGACACUACCUGAGAUUAAUAUUACAACAGCACGACCUGGUACAACCCUUCCCAGCCCUGUCGUUUCAAGCUAUUCAAAUGCGUUAACACGCCAUUCUUUGAUGUACAAUCGAGAUGACGUUAUGAAUAAAUAUUACUAUGAUGCAGUUAAUAUAAAUGUACCUGUCACCGGUACCUAUCAUUUCAAAUGCAUUAGCAAUAUUGAUACUUUCGGUUAUCUCUAUAUGAAUGAGUUCGAUCCAGAAUAUAUUUCGAAUAAUCUUAUUAAUAAAAAUGAUGACGAUGGAAAAAAUGCGCAAUUCCUAAUUUCACAUACGUUGUACUCGUCUGUGACUUAUAUCCUGAUUAGUACCACAUCUAACCCUUAUACAACCGGCUCUUUCGCAAUCGAAGCAGUUGGACCAGCUGCAGUUAAUUUUAAUACGAUACGGAUUAGUUCAUCGUACAAUCGACUCGUAUAUUCAUGGUUAUUUACAACUACAUUCGUAUUAAUCAACUUUAAUGCGGCCAGAUGGUGA